CAAAUACAAAAUUAUUUUUUUUUGUAUAUUUCAUGAAAUUAUUUUGAUUAUUCCCAAAAAGAACCACAUCCAUACGGUGACGAUAGAUAAUCAAAAAUAAUUAAUUAAAUAAAAAAAAAACUAGAGUGCAUAUCACAAGUAGUAGAUAAAAUUUAAAACAACCAAAAAUGGCAGACAUUGGUACGUGGUACAAAAAUGUACCCCGUUUCACAAAAAUCUGGCUAUCCGCUACAGUUGGCAUAAGUGUUCUAGCUCGUUUCGGAAUCUUACCCCCAGAAUUAUUGAUUCUAGAUUGGAAUCCAAUUUAUAAAAAGUUUCAAAUAUGGAGAUUUAUAACAGCAUUAUUCUACUAUCCACUAUCGCCCAAUACGGGCUUCCAUUUUAUGUUGAAUUGUUAUUUCCUCUACAAUUAUUCACUGCGUCUUGAGACUGACCAUUUCAAAACAAGUCCCGCUGACUAUUUGUUUCUGUUGAUGUUCCAAUGGAUUUGUUGUGCGAUAAGUGGAGUUAUAUUCAAUUUGUACAUUUUGAUGGAUCCAAUGGUUUUGGCGGUUCUUUAUGUCUGGUGUCAGUUGAAUAAGGAAGCAAUUGUUAAUUUCUGGUUUGGAACAAGAUUUAAGGCAAUGUAUUUGCCAUGGGUGCUAUUGGGUGUUAAUUUAAUUUUAUCUUCAGGUGGAUUUGAUUCACUUUUGGGAAUACUUAUUGGACAUUUGUAUUUCUUUUUGAAAUUCCAAUAUCCCCAAGAAUUGGGAGGGCAUUCAUUCCUUGAAACACCUGGCAUUUUGAAAUCCUAUUUCCCUGAUGUUUCUGGUGGAGUUCAUGGAUUCGGCAUUCCUCCAGUCAAUCAACGACCAACUGAAAGAAAUGCCCCUCGACCAGGUAAUCGAUUAUUCGGAAAUGCGUGGGGUGCAGGAAAUACAUUGGGACGAAAUUAAAAAUAUGUAAAAUCAUUUUGAUCAUUUUCUGAAGAACCAACAUAACUGUGUUCUAAGUUCAUUCAUCAAAAAGCCUAUUAUCUUAGACUAAUUUAUGGACUAUCUUCAAACUAUUUUCUAUAUAAGUCGUAUUUUUUAAUAUGUCGGUGUGUAAAUAAAUAAUAAUGAUUUAGUAAUUAAAAUAAUUAACGUUAAAAAAAAUUUGUAAUAAACAAAACAUACAAAAAAAAACAAUAAUAAUAAUAUUUUUGAUUAAUUAUUUGA